CACCUGGCUGACCGGUGUAAUGUUGACGAGUGACGAAACACACACCGGCGGACGGCAGCUGUGACUACUAAUACUUUCACCUUUAUCUUUAUUGGAACACCUGGCUCCAUUCCAGCAACACGUGUCGCUGUACAGAACCUCGAAGAGAAGGAAAGACACUCGUGAAACAAUGGCUGCAACUAAUAAUGGAACACACACAGACGCGGCGACUAUUAGAAUUGGAUCACGGGAGAGCGAGCUUGCCCUGAAACAGACACACAUGGUGAGGGAUGCCCUGCAGAAGGCUCACCCACACCUCAAGUUUGACAUCAUCACCAUGAAGACACAUGGAGACAAGAUCCUGAAUGUUGCACUCUCCAAGAUUGGCAGCAAGAGUCUCUUCACAAAGGAGCUGGAAAUUGCUCUGGAGGAGAAACGUGUAGAUAUAGUCGUCCAUUCCCUUAAGGAUCUUCCCACUACCUUGCCCGAGGGGAUGGUUAUUGGGGCUGUGUGUGAGCGUGAGGAUCCAAGGGAUGCUGUCAUCAUGCAUCCCAAACACCUGGAGGCAUCGCUGGCCACACUUCCUAAAGGCUCAGUGAUUGGCACCAGCUCUGUCCGCCGUGCUGCUCAGCUGAAGCGAAAGUUUCCUGACUUGGUGUUUGAGAGUGUGAGAGGGAACCUGAACACCAGGCUGAGGAAGCUGGAGGAGGGAAACACCUAUGAUGCCCUCAUUCUGGCGGCGGCUGGGAUCAUGAGGAUGGGCUGGCAACACAAGAUCUCACAGUAUCUUGAAGAGGAGACUUGCAUGCAUGCCGUGGGUCAAGGAGCGCUGGCAGUUGAGUGUCGGGAGGAUGAUUCCGGCACUGUGGCUCUGCUGUCCCCGCUGGUCCACCGGGACACCACCGUGGCCGUCAUUGCAGAGCGUGCCCUCAUGUGUACCCUGGAGGGAGGCUGCUCUGCUCCUGUCGCUGUGCAUACCAAGAUAACUGAGGACCAGCUGGACCUACAGGGUGGUGUAUGGAGCCUGGAUGGCAGUGAGGAGCGUCGCCACACCAUGUCCACCCCACUGGCUGAACCUGAUUCCUCCUCAGACCCGGUGGAGCAGCCUGCCAAGGUGGCUAAAGUGUCCACCACACCAUACACUGGAGUGGUGUCUCAUCAGGACCUGGAUCAUUUCAUGAGUCAAGCAUAUACUCUGGGUGUGAAACUAGCCAAACAUCUGCUUAGCCGGGGCGCUGAUGAAAUUCUAAAAGCUGCCAAAGAAGAGAAUAAAGCUAAUCUACCUUCCAACAACCCUAACUUGCCACCAAGCAGUAGUAAUUUGCAAAAGAAGGAGGUAGAGAAUAAUGACUCUUAGUGAAGGCUUGUGAUAGAGGUCCAGUCCAAUUUUGAUAGCAUUUAGUAUACAGUAAACCUUUAAGUUAAGCAAAUAUGUGGUUUGCAAAUUCAGAUUUCACUCCAGACAACAGUGACAUGACAGAUACAGGUUUUAUGUUCAGCAACAACUGGGCACAAAUGUAGUGUUGACCACAGUGUCAAUCUGCCCCAGUCAGACCCAGCCACUAGCUAGAGGGAGUAGUCAUUUGGAUGUGGAUAGUGUCUGGUGCUUUCACACAACUUGCAAAACAGGCACUUAGUCAAUAUUUCAGCAGGCACUAGUGGUAAAGCACACUGCCUGCUUGUGUUCGUGGAUACAAGUGUGGCUUUAAGCUGAAAAUUUGUGACUUUUACCUUAAAAAGGCAAAGCUUGAGUUGUAGUACGUUCAGCCAGUUUACUUGAGAAUUGAUCUUGUAGACUAGUGAGAGUCAAGAAAUAUUUGAACCAACUCCAACUCAGGCCAAAAGUAUCCAAGUUUGCCUCCACACCCUUACUCUUAUGUGAUGUUUGUUUAUAUAUAUUCAGCACAUUUGUAAGAUUAUUAUUCAGAUAGCAUAUGUCAUCAUUGUUAAAAAUCAUACAAUUAUAGGAACUAAUCAUUUAUUUUUCUUAUAUUACUUAGUAUUUUUCUAUUUGAUUUUACUUGCAGUAAUUUGAGCAAUACUCAAUAUAGAAUCAAGAAGGUGUAGAAUUUAAGCAUUUACUACAUAUAGCAAUAAUUUAUUGAUUAUUGUUAUGUUGAUUUGUGUAUAUAUUUUAUUAAAUCUUUGUUGUGUUCUCCAUUGUAAAGUUACUUGGAAAGAAUGUUGUUAAGUGUGAUGUGAGCUACUCUUAUGAACAUUAAUUGUAGAUGUAAAAUUCAUUUUUACAAGAUGCCACAGGAAUAUGAAAUAUUAGAGAAGUGUACACUGUAGCACAAGAUAGUUUGUUAUGAUAAUGCAAAGAAUACUGUAAGUUAAGGAAAUGAAGAUAAUGAUCUUGUGAAUACAUACAUGGUAUGUUUUAAUGGUGUAAUGGUACACUGAAACAAGUAUAUUUUUUCAAACUGUGUGCUUUCUUCUGAACAAAUGGGUUGACAUGUGAAAAUUGAGUACUUAGAAACAAUAGAUGAAUAGAUAGAGAGAAAAAAAAAAAAAGCUGGUAUAGCUCUGUAAAUGUGAUUUCUUAACUACUCUCUAUGAUUAUGUCACAAUUUCUGUGCUGUAAAAUGUCUGGUUUUAUGAUAUGUAUUUUGUUGUCUGUCUUACUUUUGGCUCUCCUUAACACCUCAUUACUGAUGCACAAUAUUUGUACCUACUUUCCAUUUCAAAGUACUUUUUAUUAGCUUGAUAUUUGAACUUUCCAUUUCUAAGUAGCAUUUAACUUGUCUGUAAUUUAGAGGUCCAGGAUUUUAGGUGAUAUUUAAAAUGUUUGAAAGGCCUGUGGUAUGAAGAGAGUGAAUUGUGAGAGUAGUGAAAGGUUUGUGUAUUGAGGGAGAACAAAUGAGUUAUAGCUACAGUGAGAUGCAACACCUUGGAAUUUUUAAGUUGUUUUUGUUGUUAGCUUGAAAUGUACCUUUGUAGCAGAUCGUAAUGUUCAAUUAUUUGUUAAUUGCUGGUCUAGAAUAUAGAUGCUUUGUGGUGACUUAAGGUUCAUAUUUUUGGUGCUUAUUAGUGAGUGGUUGGUACUGACACCAAGAGAUUGUGCCUUUUAAGGGGCAUUAUUUUGGUGUUUAUUAGUGAGUGGCUGGCACUGGCACCAAGAGAUUGUGGAUGAGAGUGAGAUGAGAAGGAUAUACAUAGAGGAGUAGGAUAUAUGUGUUAAGAGGAUGGAUGUCUGAGUAAAAUUGUGAUUUGAGUCUUAUGGAAAUGUGUGUUGGCACACAUGUAGUGGCACCGUGGCAGGAUGACUCUUUGAGGUCAUUUUUGUGGUGUGAGUGUACUAAAGGGAUGAAAAACACUUCUGGAAAGUAUGUGGUGUAUUUACCAUCAUUCAUAAUUUUUGCAAGGCUAUUGCAAGGAUGGUGAGUGAUGUGUUCCUAAGGUCUGUUGAGGCUUUGCUAUCCUUUGUAAUCUUUGUAAAUAUUUUCAUGUCCCGAAUGAUAGUGGUGUGUCAUUAUGUCAUGUCCACUGUUUAUUUAUUUAUUUAUUUUUUUAUUUAUUUAUUUAUUUUUUUUUUGUCUUUAUUUUGAGGUCUUAGGUACUGCACUUUAUGAGGCUCAGUAGACAAUUUUAUGAAAAAAUCUAUUCAUGACAUCUUACAUAGGCACUUAAGUUUAUAUAAAUGAUUACUGUUGUGUUUCCUAAGAAAUGCCAAUUACUUGUAUCUGAGUGUCCUCACAAGAAUGAUUUAAUACUCUCUCUCUCUCUCUCUCUCUCUCUCUCUCUCUCUCUCUCUCUCUCUCUCUCUCUCUCUCUCUCUCUCUCUCUCUCUCUCUCUCUCUCUCUCUCUCUCUCUCUCUCUCUCUCUCUCUCUCUCUCUCUCUCUCUCUCUCUCUCUCUCUCUCUCUCUCAUUUCGUUGUUACAAGAUAUCUUUCUCUCUAUACUCUUAUAGUAAAUGUUAUGGUUUUACUAAUUGGUAAUGAACCAAAACACCACCAUUGUGUUCCCUGUAUGCCAUUAAAAGUGACUCGUUGGACAAAGUGA